AUGAAUCCAAUAUCAUUUGGCUCGUCGACGUUACGGUCCUUGCUUUUCUACGACGUUCGCAACGACGCCGACGCUUUGUACAACCUCUACCAAAUCAGUCUGGCCAACAUCUGCGACUUGCAGCUCCUCGAAGUUGCCGUUCGGCGUUCAGCAAACCUCAAGGUCAGGCUCGUUAGCGGCCUCGCGAAGACCAUCGAGACGUAUAUCAGCACACAGGCCCAAUGGCAGCGGAUCAAGGAGGAAGGCGUCGCCCUCUUCCGCCCCGAAAAAGGAGGAUCCUACGAGGUGUUCGAGAGGCGCCCACUCGAUCCUCGCAUUAUCGCAUAUUCUGCGCAAGACGUCGCCCUCCUCUUUCGCCUCGAGAUGGUGUUGAUCUCAAGGAUGGGGACAUUCGGGAAGGAUUGGAAGAGGAGAGUGAUGCAAGCGUCGGCCAGCCGAGUUGGAGAGGCACACAGCCUAUCUUAUCCAGGCAACGGCAAACAUCGGGCCAUUGCCCCUUCAUUUUGA